UUUCUGCACCACUCUCCACUCUGAGCACACACCAAUCACAAACCGAGAGAUGGGUUCGAGAGAGGAAUAGAGAGAUCAAUGGCGGUGGUGAGUUCUUCGCUGGGCGUGCUGGGUCCCCUGCUGGCGAAGCUCACUGGUUUGCUUGCCGAUGAGUGUGCCCGCCUGAAAGGUGUUCGCCGCGAGAUCCGCUCGCUCAGAUCUGAGCUUACUUGCAUGCAUGCUGCAGUCCAAAAGUACACCAUGCUGCAAGAUCCCGAUGUUCAGGUGAAGGCGUGGAUAUCGUUGCUGAGGGAGCUGGCCUAUGACAUCGAGGAUGUCAUCGACAAGUUCAUCUACCAGCUCGGUAACAGUGGCGAGCACCAGGGUGGCUUCAAGGAGUUCUUCCGCAAGACUGCUCGUCGGCUCAAGACGCUGGGCUCUCGUCGUGGAAUCGCCAAACAGAUUGAAGAUCUGAAAAUUCGUCUCAACGAGGUAAAAGAGUUGAAAUGUAGUUACAAGCUGGAUGAUAUUGUUCCCUUUGAACAUUCAGCAAUCGAUCCCCGCCUGUCUGCUCUUUUUGUUGAGGAAGCACACCUUGUGGGCAUUGAUGGUCCAAGGGAUGAUCUUGCCAAUUGGAUGCUGGAUGAUGAAAAUAGCUCAACCAAGCACCGCAAGGUGCUCUCCAUUGUUGGCUUCGGUGGGUUGGGAAAAACGACACUAGCGAAGGAGGUCCACCGCAAGAUCCAAGGACAUUUUGACUGCCAUGCUUUUGUCUCAGUCUCACAAAAGCCUAAUGUCAAAAAAACUAUGAAGGAUUUGAUCUCUCAGCUGCCUUGCAAGAAAGAUUUUAAAGAAGGUAUCGACACUUGGGAUGAAACGAUAUGUAUUGCGAAGCUUAAAAAGCUCUUACAAGAUAAGAGGUAUCUCAUUGUUAUUGAUGAUAUAUGGUCGAUAUCAGCAUGGAACGCCAUUAAGAAUGCUUUCCCAGAGAAUGAUUUUUCUAGCAGAAUUAUAGCUACUACACGCAUUGUUGAUGUAGCAAGAUCAUGUUGUCUAGAUGGUAAUGGCCGCAUGUAUGAAAUGGAAGCCCUAAGUGAUCUCCACUCCAAAAGAUUGUUUUUCAAAAGAAUAUUCGGUUCCAUGGACCGUUGCCCUGAUGUGCUAAAACAAGUUUCGAACAAAAUACUGAAGAAAUGUGGAGGCCUCCCAUUGGCAAUUAUCAGUAUAUCAAGUUUGUUGGCAACAAAACCGGUGGUCAAAGAUGAGUGGGAGAGGGUCAGAAGGUCUAUUGGUUCUGCACUGGACAAAGACCGAAGCUUGGAUGGAAUGAAUAGCAUACUAUCCCUUAGCUACAAUGAUCUUUCACCUAACCUGAAGACAUGCCUGUUAUAUUUAUGUAUAUAUCCUGAGGAUUAUGUGAUUCAGAGAGAUAUUUUAGUGAGGCGAUGGAUAGCAGAAGGCUUUAUCUCUGAAGAGCGUGGACAAAGCAAACAAGAGGUUGCCGAGAACCAUUUCUAUGAGCUAAUAAACAAAAGUAUGGUCCAACCAGUGGAAGUUAGCUAUGAUGGAAAAGCUCGUGCUUGUCAAGUCCAUGACAUGAUGCUUGAGCUCAUUAUUUCAAAAUCAGUCGAAGAUAAUUUCAUCUCUUUGGCAGGCCACGGGCAAACUGAUUUUGUAAAUGGUCAUGGUCUUAUUCGGCGGCUAUCUGUCCAGCAUAGUUACCAAGAGCUUGCAUCUAGAUUGGAAAAUGAAGAUCUAAGCCAUGUACGAUCUCUGACAGUGAUAGCAUCAACUUGCAUCAAACACUUGCCUAGACUUGUUGGGUUUGAAGCUUUGCGUGUACUAGAAUUUGAAGAUUGUGAGAAUCUGCAUGAGUAUGAUAUGAGUGGUAUAGAUAAUCUAGUCCAGCUGAAGUACCUGAGCUUUAGGGGCACUGGCAUGUUGAAGCUACCAUCAGGAGUAGUGAGGCUAUAUGGUCUAGAGACACUAGAUAUUAGCAAUACAUGUAUAGAAGAAUUGCCCACUGGAGUUAUUCAGCUCGUUAAGCUACAACAUCUACUCAUGGCAAGAUAUUCCAGCAAUGAUUCAUACGGUGAGAUGAAAAUACCAAGUGGGAUUGGAAAUAUGAGUAGUUUGCAGGUGAUCUUGGGCUUAAAUAUUAUCAAGAGUUCAUUAUGUGCGGUCGAGGAACUAGGGAAUCUGAUUGGUUUAAAAGAACUCCAUGUACAGUUGGACGGUGGAGGAUCUCAGCAAUAUAAGAGGCAUGAAGAUAUGUUCAUCUCCUCACUAUGCAAGCUUAGCACCUGCAAACUUCAGUCUUUACAGAUACACUCUUCUUCUUCAACACCCCUCCAAUUCUUAAAUUCCUGGUACCCUCUUCCAUAUAACCUCCAAAUAUUUUGGAUGACCACUAACUACUUCCUACCAAUGAUGCCAAACUGGAUUGUACCGGUACUCACCAGUCUUGCAAACCUGAAUAUUAAUUUAAAUAAAGUAACCGAGGAGGAUCUGCAGAUACUUGGAGAGAUGCCUGCCUUACUUUGUCUAAGUAUAACAUUCAACACUGUCCAAAAAGAUAGGGUUACCGUACAGGGCGUUGCGUUCCCAUGUUUGAAGGAAUUCUCCCUUAUUUGCAGUCCCUUGUGUGCAAGUGCAAUUUACUUGACGUUUGGAGAAGGGGCACUGCCAACGCUGGAGAAGCUUGAGCUGCCGUUCUUUAUUUUAGUGGCAGAAGCAUAUGGGUUCUACUUGGGUCUUGGCCACCUCCCAUGUCUGAGAGAUGCCCAUGUUACUCUCCGCAAUGAUGAUGACAGAUAUUACAAAUACAACUCUGCUGCAGCUGCCGCUAUAAGGAACGAGGCAAAUAGCCAUCCCAAUCAUCCCAGGCUAUCUUUCCGGGGUGAAAUGAAAAAGAGCUCCACCGACGAUAAAGAGGGCUGUGUUAUAUCAUGACCACUCACAAGAGGGAUUCUUCUGUUAAACGCAAGUGCGUGAUUGGAAUGUUGUGCUGAUGCGUGAACCCUGAACCUGAAGACGUCCAAGAAGAAGUGGUGUUUAGUUGCUUUGCUACAUGGUAUUGUUCGGUUCUCAGGGAAUCUUGUACUACCAAAAUUUG